CCGCAUAGGAUACACCUGUGUGUCCUCGCUACUACUGUAGCUCCUCUGGAAGCUUCCUCACUCCUCGUUCCUCCUUCAAGAUGGUUGAUUUCCACUUCGAUCGAUUUCCGGGUCACGGGCUGGAGGACGGAGGAGCGAGGAAACGAGGAAGCAUCAUUUUGAGUAUUGAGAAGCAUCUCCCUGAACUAAGGAGCUGAGUGAGACGCAUCCUAAAUGUCGUACUGUUGGUUUAACUGCCAUAUCCACUCAGUACGGUAGGGGGCAGUGUGUGCGCUCAGUCUGUAUGUGACAGUCGGAGAAAUAGCGAAGAAUAAGGACAUCUUGUCCGGUUUCCUGUUACGCUUUAGCUGUAGCUACAAUGCACCUGUAUAUUCUGUAGCUAGGAUUCAUGUAUGAUGGACGGUGAUCAGGGCAGUGCUGAAGAUGAACCGCCUUCACUGCUGUGGGGACUGGACCCUGUGUUCUCUGCCUACGCCAGGCUUUAUGUUAAAGACAUCCUACAGAUCAGAGAGUCUCGACAAGUUCCAGGAAUCUUCUUCUAUAAAAGUCACCCGCUGUUCCAGGUGGAUGUAUUGGGCACUGUGGUGUACAGACGGGAGAGAGAAGACUUUUACUGCUACGGAGUGGAUGACAGUACUGGAGUCAUCAACUGUCUGUGCUGGAAAGAUGAGAAAUGGCGAGAUCAUGGAGACUCGGUAAAGGCUGCAGUUAGAGGUCCUGCUGGAGGUGGCUUUAACAUAGAGGAGCAGUUGAGGAAGCUCCAGGAGGCAGAGAGGAGCAGCUCAGUGUUGCAGAUCGGAGAUUUGCUCCGAGUACGCGGUUCCCUUAAAACUUCGCGUGAGCAGAGAGAGAUCAUGGCCUCCUCGUUUUAUAAAGUGAACGAUCCUGUGAUGAGUGUGCAGAUCUCCCGGAUGUUGGAGAUGCCUCAGCUCUACAGAGACUGCUAUGACAAACCAUUCCAUGUCCCAUCCAGUGAGCUUAGUGCAAGCUCCACUGACGGACCGUCGAGUUUCCAGUCUGUUCUUGGUCAGUCGGUUCACAUCUUGAAGGAGUUCCUAAAAGAGAAGGAGGUGACCAGGUUUCGACCUUAUGAUGUCGAGUAUCUUUUAUACCCGCUCAUCCAACAGCCCGGUCCAAACACAUCAGCGGAAAAGGAGCCUGGUUCUGUUCGGUCGAUAAUCCCUGCACAGAGCCGGAACCUCCUCAAAGAGACCCUGAAGAUUCUGCAGGUGGAGGGAGAGAUAUUCCGCAAAGUCCUGUCUCAGGAUGAGGUGUACAAUGUAACUGAACAUGACAAAGAUUUACUUGCGGCGAUUUGUGAAAUCUUGAGAGAGGAUUGCAAAAGAGAGAAAUAUGCCGAGAAGGGUUGCCAUGUGCUGCACAUCUUGUCCAGCGUGAGGCAGAAAUACAGCGGUAACCUGAGCAGAGAAGCCCUGGAUGUGGCGCUGAGGUUCUUAGAGUGUAACAGUGACAUCAUCAGUACAACAGAUGCCUAUUAUACUGUUUUAUAAUAACAGGGUUUGAAACCAUCUGGGAAACUUACACACCCCAAAUUUUUAUCCUGUCUAAGCAAAGAACAUUCAAGUCUCGAUUUUCUUAAAGCGCCUGGCUGAGUGCUCAUAGGGCUGUGCAGGAGCUUGUUGUCCAUAUGCCUUUUCCAAAUUUCUCACAACUAUUUUUGAUACACUGUUGACAGAUUUCAUAAUUAUCAUUUGCUUGCAAACUGACUUUGAUAUUAAUCUGUCCAACAUAGGCCUGUUUUACAGAUAGCUUUUACAGAUAGCAAUCGAUUUACAUGUUGUUUGAGCUCAGUGAUUUUCUAUACUGGGGUAUGAAAGAUAUCAUUUGAUCAUGUUCGAUUUCUACUUUUUAAUACAGCAUUUAAUUCAGUGAUCAUGUAAGCGCCAGACCUAUAGAGCAAGACUUGCUUAGGGUUCCACUUAAUUCAUUAUUUUUUAAAUAAAUAAAAUAAUAAGUUUGAGAUUUUCAACAUUUUUGAUAAAUUAGCAGACCUUUGAUUGACAGUUGAUAAUUGACACUGAGUGAAGCAGCGUUAUCUGGGUAAAGAGUAUCGAGGUUCUCUAUAUAAUUUUGCAGUCUAGGUCUGACUAGAGCUUUUUAAAAAGGUAACACAGAGGUGAAAUUCGUCAUGAGAUCACAGUUCAAUGCAUUUUACACUUUAAAGAAUUGCCCUAAAAUUAUAGAAGGAAAUUUAAGUUGGAACAUUUUACAGUCAUUUUGAUGACUCAAUACACUGAAUGAACGUAUACACUAUGUAAGUGGAGAGUGUUUGGGCGAAACAUGGCCACAGGGGGACGCCGUGAUCAAAUCAAUAGCCAGCUGUUCAUGAGCACAUCUGUAUCCAUGCAGUUUUCUUGGGCUGCCGUUCUAUUGGCAGCGGAUCAUCUGUCUAAUCUAAUAAAUAGUGUUGAAUUUA